GACCGCUAGUUUUUGUUUUUUAUCAGCUUGGAUUUGCAGCUGAAUAUUAAAGAAUUAUUGCUGUAAUAUAUUCCUUGAUCAGAAUAAAUAGGAAUACUCGAAGAAAAUGUUUGAUCUCAACUUGUUAAAUAGUCAAUUGUUUGUUCACAAAUUAAAUUUUACUGCAGUUAUUUCAAUCUUGUUAUAGGCUUUUUAUUAAUACAAUAUGGAUUUCAGUUCGCAUAAUCCACGAACCUCUAAUUCCUUAAAUCUAGCUGCGAGAAACAAUGACAUAGAGGUAGUGAGAACUUUACUAAAAAAAAUGAAUCCUAACUGUACAGACAAUAGAGGGUGGACAUGUCUCCAUGAAGCAGCUAAUAAGGAUAGUUAUGAUUCUCUGUUACUUAUUUUAAAACAUCCCGAUUGUAGACCACUUGCUGAAACUCAUGAGGGACAUACUCCAUUAUAUCUGGCUUGUCGCAGACAAUGCUCUCUAUUGACUAUUAAAGCUCUUCUUGAUAGUGCCAAUGAUAUAGUUAACUAUGGCAGCACUGAAGGUGUUACUCCAUUGCAUAUAGCUAGUGGUCAAGGUAGAGUGGAGUUAAUACAGUUAUUAUUAGAAUAUGGUGCAAGUAUAAAUGUUCAAGACUUCGAUGGUGAUACUCCUUUACAUGAUGCUGCUUUGGCAGCUCAACAUGAAGCUGUGACAAUAUUGCUACAUGCUGGUGCAGAUCCUGAGAUAAAAAAUGGGCCUAGUCUUUUGACUGCAUUUCAUUUAGCUUGCUGCAAGGGUUCGUUUGAAACUGUCCAGAAUAUAUUACCGUUCAUGACUGAAGUAAAUGAGCUGGCAGCAGCUGGGGAGAGCCCCUUGAUGUCAGCAGUCAAAGGCUGCAAUGAUGAUGUCAUACGCUUUUUGUUGGAAAAUGGAGCUGAUCCUCAUAUAAGGAAUGUAUAUAACCAAUCAGCUUUAGAUAUGGCUCUCAACUUUGGUUAUAUUUCUAUAUUCAAGAUGCUCCUGGUAGUUACAGACAAGCAGCAGAUAAAUUCUAAUAUAAUUGUGAAUGCUUGUAAGCCACACUAUUUUAAGUUUGAAAUACUUGAAGCUUUAUUAAACUAUGAUUUGGGGCCAGACUUUUUUGACUUUAUUGAACCAUUCCAUGUGACUUUGGAAGAAAUUGGUGACCAUAAACCAUUUUACCUUACUAAUGCACCUCUGAACUCAUAUUUAAAUAUUUGUGAAUAUAUUUAUAACCAGUCACCUGAUAAAUUUAGAGAGUUUUUUUAUCUAUUCCUUAUGAGGGGUGUAGGUGUAAAUGCCUUUAAUAUAGGUGAAUGUCCUCCAUUAGUAUACAUACACUAUUGUAUACAUGCUGGAUGUUUUGUAGAAGUUUUCCAAAUACUUGUAGAAAAUGGUCUUGAUGUGGAUUACUGCAGCUCAACUACAACUGUGGCUAAGAGCCUCUGUGUUCCUGAUGCCUUCUUGGCUUCACUCAGUUCGGACCUUGAUACUGCUUCAUACAUGAUACCAUAUAGCCUAAAUGUAGAUCCAGAGACUUUCUUACAAUUUGCAUGUGACAAUGGAGUAGCGGGUAGAAUAUCUCUGCAAGCACAAAAAAAGUUAGUGUCCUUGAUAGAUGACAACAAUGAAAUGGUUUAUGUGGAACAGCUACCAUAUUUAGUGCCACCAUUGAGACAUUUGUGCAGAAUUAAAAUACGAAGUGUAUUUAGAAAUAGGAGAGACAUAAAGUCUACAAAAGAAUUCCACAAUAAUCUCAACCAUCUACCAUUGCCUCCAGCACUCAAGAAAUACUUAACUUACAUGUAGAGUCCG